AUGACCGUCAGUCAUCGAAUGAACCAAACGAGGAAUGACCCUGCGUCUAAUUCUCUGGCGGUCGCCUUUUACCGGUAUCGGGGGCUUGUCCUUCAGUCUCUCAGGAGCGAUAUUAACGAAGGACAGAAGCGUACCGGCGAUGUCGUCCUUGCCGGAAUAAUCACGCUUCUACUCAUUGAUGCUCAGCAAGGUGCCUCUCCUCAUUGGCAAUGCCACAUCGAGGGUCUCCAGAGCCUAAUCAAGCUGCGCGGCGGCAUCCGUUCACUGGCCAGGUCGGCCAGCUUAGCGCCACUACUCCAUUGCUUUGUGUUCGUUGCAGUUAUUGGGAACUCUUCAUCGCCCGCUUCGCACUUGGCAACAACUACUUUGCGCCUUGAGGAAACUGACUUCAUACUAGAGGAGUUUGGCAAUGGACUUUUUGACUUCCAGAUGUGUCCCAAGCCCCUGUUCGCCGAGAUUAUCAGGAUCAAUCAUCUUCGUGCGCGAGCCUGGAAACAAGGCCCCGCAGGACUAGAGCAUCUCGCCCAACAGGCAUACGGAGUCCUUAGCCGUGUCAAUAUUUUCUCCCCUGAGCAAUGGGCUGAUUCCAAACCGUUGUCAAAAGAGGACUGGAGAAUUGUGGCAGAAUCGUACCAGGCCGCCGUGUCAUUAUACUGCGUCCUCUCGCUGCAGAGCCUGUCGGUUCUGCCUCUGACCCCCUUACUGAGAGCCAGUUGUACCACCCAUGGACAGCUUCUGCAGAAGCUGCUCAAAGAGGCCCAAUCAUCCCCAAGAAUAAAAAGGUUCACGCUUUGGCCGUUGGUCGUGCUCGGGGUGCAAGCUGUGAAUGGUGGCGCAGUGAUGCGAGCUUUUGUUCGAGAACACUUGCCAGAGAUGAGUCGCCACAUUGGCUCAUAUGUCCCGCUGACGGUAAAAGCCGUCCUGGAGAAAUUCUGGGCUUCAGGCGAGACUCGUUGGGAUGCUUGCUUCGACAAACCCUACCCCGUCGUGACGCAAAUCGCGGUGGACCUCAGCCGGUUGAACCAGUAG